CGUCUUUCGUAUUUCUACCGUUCGAACUUCGUACUACAGUAUUUUUUGAUGGCAAACAUUUUUGGUAUCGUAGUACCUCGUGCCCUUUGUACCUUAAUAGUACCGUACGUGUUGGACCAAAUUUUCUUUGUAUCAACCAUGGUUUGAGAACAAGCACGGCGCCAACUAGAGUUGUCCAAGUACCGCACCAUUACGGGAAGAAUAAAGGAGCAACUAGUUAGUGAUAUUCAUCGUUGAUAGUCACCGGGAAGCUCGUACCACUUCUGUUCAAACAACUCGGGGCAAUCAAGCAUCGCUCCACUGACGAAAUGAAUCGCGCAGGUUCAUUCACCUCGUCUUCCAAUUCAUGGAUCCUCCCGUUCAUGUUAGGUGCUUCUACAUCGUUAUCAUUAUUAUGGAUUUCAAAAAAAUUGGAAAUAUUGAUUGCAACGUCGUCAACCUCUCGAUCAGACGAAAAAACCAAACCUCGUGAAAUGAAACAGGACAUCCUUGAUCACGAGGAACUAUCUUUUCGAAUGCUGCGUAAAGCUGAAGCUGUCAUUCAAUGGCGGACAAGCCGCCUUAUCUUAGUGAUCGAGCGGUGCACCAAUGGUAUGUACGCUACUCUACGAUUCCCAGAAGACAAAAAGGUGUUACUAAUCUCAUAGCCGUUUGCUUACCUCAACUGAAAACAUUUUUUCAAGAUCAUAACUAUAGCGCUAUAUUGCGAACUGCUGAGGCACUCGGAAUACAGACUGUUUACAUGAUUGACCCACCAGCCGUCAUGGAAGAAGAUGGAGGAAGAAGAAAAGGCACACAAAAGGAGAUCUCAAGAACUCCGGAAGAAAUUGAGCAGCGUCGACUUCAUCACAUCUUUGCUCAGAAUGCGGUAUGUAGUUGAUUUUGUGAGGAUUUUCUCAGAUUGUUAAAACAAUUAAUUCGACGACAUGUUCCUCACGUUGCCCUCUCUUAACUAGACUGAAUGGUUGACGGUUCGAGACUUUGAUUCAACCGAAGACUGCAUAGCUUGUUGUCGAAAGGAAGGAUACAAAUUGUGGGUCACAGUAAGUCGGAAUCGUUGACGGAAAGGAUUAUUUUCGAAUAGAAUGUAUGGGGUAAUAGUUUUUUCAGUUUCUAAUUUUGAAUUUCGAAACAUUGUAAUGAACUUGUGUUCGACUGUGAAAAAUCAAGGAUCUUUCGCAAGAAGCAGAAGCACUGGACAUUUACAACCCCGAUUCAAACGAAAUUCCAGAGAAGAUUGCUCUUGUGUUUGGAACUGAAGCUGUUGGUGCUUCGACUUAUAUGUUGGAGCAAGCUGACAAGCGCAUUUAUUUGCCACUCAGAGGGUAUGCCGAUUCAUUGAAUCUUUCAGUUGCAACAGCCCUCAUAACUCAAGCCCUAUUUUUCAUGGAUCCAUCAUUGAUUGGAGCAAUGAAUGAAGGGGAAAGAAAACGUUUAAGGACAGCUUGGUUCACUAAACUUGCCCAACAAAGGAUUCUAUCGUCAAAACAGAAGAAGAAUCGGAAGAAAUUGGCAAGUUUAGUCAAGAAAUGCGAGACCAUCGACAAACGUUUGAAAGAGGAACCUAACUACCAUAUACAACCAUCUGAGCAAAAAAGGCUUGACGAAUGGGGUUCGUAUAAUCGCGAACUACAGGCUUUGGAUGCGCUCAUCGAUCCAGUGAAAGUUCAAAAAGGUGAAUCUUCUCUUCUCGAAAUACGACUGGUUUGUGAUUUACCCAUCAAUGAAAUUUUCUGAAAUUGUGAUCAUUCCUGACCUUCCUAUCUUUAUCAAACAACAGCCGUGCAAGAAUGGAUCGAUAACCCACCGGACGCCUUGACAGAUGUUCGGCGGGCGGACACUCAUCGUGGUAAGUAAUCAACACAGUGUGAUGUC